GUGUACGAGAGAGAGAGAGAGAUACAGUUCUAUAUGCCGAACAGAAAAAACUGAAACUACCCAAAAUAAUGAAUGGUCUGUAUGGGAAUUUACAGAUUGAUGAUUGAUUGAUCAAUCAUGAAUACUCAAUAGCAUAUAACACUCCUAUCUUUCGUUCCUAUUGGUUGUCUGGCAUAUACCCCCCCUCCACGUCACACAUUAUUGGUCCAUUUUAUGCAACCUAAGUGACACAUGAUUUUAUAGCAGACCUUGGACAAAGCCGGGCUACGCAGGGAGUAAACGAACGCUUCUCUUCAAAAUUUUAAGAAUUUGCAUUCCCACAAACCUCGAGCAUGGCCAUCAAAACCACCCCACUUCUUUUCCGGGCACUGGUUGAGAUGUCUGAAGUACACUCUUCAAAAGUUGUACGAGGAAAUCCCAACAGAGCAAAUAUCAGACACCUGGGCAGCUCUGGGGUCCUGUCAGCAUGGCGUGCCGCCCUUCCGCUAUCCUCCCCCCUCCUCCGGACCACACCGUUCCGCAGCUUCAUUAACCUGGCUGCCGCCAUCACUGCCCGCAGGAUGGAGUACUCUGAGAGCCGCACACUAGGGUACACUCCAGAGCAGAUGUACAGUGUGGUGGCCAGUGUGGACCAGUACCAGCACUUUGUCCCUUGGUGUAAGAAGUCCCGGGUCGUGAAGGGAAAGAACGGGGACGUCCGGGCCCACCUGGAGAUUGGGUUCCCUCCCAUCGUGGAGCGUUAUACCUCGGAGGUCACGGUUGUCCCAAACCACCAUGUCAGGUGUGUACAGACGGCUCCCUCUUCAGCCACCUGGAGACGAUAUGGAGGUUUGCCCCUGCUGCCGAGGACCAACCAGACUCCUGCAACAUCGACUUCCAUAUCUCCUUCGAGUUCAGGUCCCCGCUGCACUCCCAGCUGGCCACCCUGUUCUUUGACGAGGUGGUGAAGCAGAUGGUGAAUGCCUUUGAGUCGCGGGCAGCCAAACUAUAUGGGGGCCACUGCGGUCCCCUCCAGGAGGUGCCAACAAGGAGGCGAGCAGCAUGAGAAGACGCCUACCUGGCCCCUCACUCACCGACACAUGGACUAAGUCCCACUCCCUACCACCACCACCUGAAACCCCUCACCCUCACCACCACCACCUCACCACUCAAUUUCAACAUGGAUUUCCUUCUGCAAGAGACUAGGUCUUCUCUUUUGGAUUUUGUUAUGUACACAAGCACCUAUUUAUUUGCAUUACAGAAACUUUAAUUUACUUGACUGUACAUACUAUUUUUAUUUGGGAUGGAAGUGGAUGUUUUGUUAAAUGUUCGUGUUUGAAAGGGACCUUCUUAUAUGCGUUACAGAAGAUGAAGUGUCUCCUUUGCGGUGUUCAGAAACAUCUGAGCGGUCAGCUUUUUCUUCCGACACUAAUACAACUUUUCCGGUGUGUGACUGAAAUUAAAGCUCAUAUUUUGAUACUC